AUGACUAUAUUUAAUAGUUUUAAUAUUUUAAAAUUAAAUAAAUUAAAUAACUUUGUAAAUAUUUUAAAUUUAACUGUUCAAAAAAAUGAUCAAGUACAUGUACAAAAAUGUUCAAUCAAUAAUAUUUAUGAGUUUCAACAAUCUUGUUAUUAUGAUGUUAAGGGUAUAGUUCCACAUUAA